AUAUAUUUAUAUACAUCAAAGUUUCAGUGUAUUACAUUUCUUUGUGAUUAACAUUAAUCGGGAGUCUUGUUUCACUCGGAAAUAUAUUAGUGCUCACUGUAAUGAGAGCUAUUUAUACAAAUAUCAUAAAUUCUAAUGCUUUCGUUAGCAGUCAUCAAUUAAUCAUCUACUCGUGAACUGUGGGAUACAACUACAACACUGUAUAAAAAUAUUAUUAGUCAUAUUAACCGUGCAUUAAGAUGUACAGAGCAAUAAAAAAAUCGUCAUUUUUGGUGUGGGAUCAUAAAAUUAGUGAAGUUUUAAGUCUUGUCAUAUCGAUUGGGAUACUAUCAAUUUCUAAUUGUAACGGUAAUGAAAAUUAUCAAUCUGUGUUAUCUGAUCGAACUGAGAAUGAAAUUGAGAACCGAUUCCCGGAUGGUUUCAUAUUUGGCGUAGGGACGUCAUCUUAUCAAAGUGAAGGUGCUUGGAACAUAUCGAAUAAAGGUGAAUCUAUUUGGGACUCUUUGACUCACGAAAAGCCAUACGUCGUGGCAGGACAGACCAAUGCUGAUGUAGCUGCGAAUUCUUACUACAUGUACAAAACUGACGUCGAUCUUGUCACACAACUCGGUGCUAAUGCUUACAGAAUAUCUAUAUCUUGGCCACGAAUUUUACCUACUGGGUUCGAUAACGAAAUUAAUAAUGAUGGGAUUCAACACUAUAAUGAUGUAAUCGAUGAAAUAUUAAGUAAGAAUCUGACGCCAUUUGUCACUAUAUACCACUGGGAUUUGCCGACAAGAUUACAAGAAUUAGGUGGCUUGGCAAACCCAUUGUUCGUAAACUGGUUUGUUGAUUAUGCCAACGUCUUAUUCACAGCAUUUGGAGACAAAGUAAAAUAUUGGACGACAUUCAAUGAGCCAGGUUUUAAUUGUGUCGUUGGUUACCAAGGAAUAUACGCACCUCUGAUUAAUCAAUCGGGUAUUGGCGAAUAUCUUUGUGGUCAUCAUACGUUAUUAGCUCAUGCUAAAACUUAUAAAAUGUAUAACGAGAAGUUCCGCGGAAAACAACAAGGUAAAAUAAUGAUUGCGUUAGCACUGACGUGGCCAGUUUUGAAAAAUAUAGAAGAUGCAAAUGAGUUAGAAGUAGGUGAACAAUAUAUUAAUUUUCAAAAUGGAUGGUUUUUGCAUCCACUAUUUUCAACUGAUGGCGAUUAUUCAAAAACUAUCAAAGAUAAAAUUGGAUCGCAUAGUUCGAUUCAAGGCUUUUCUCGUUCACGAUUACCACAGUUUACGAGCGAAGAAAUCGAACUAAUUAAAAACUCAGCAGAUUUAUUAUCUGUUAAUUUUUAUCAUGGUUUGGAGGUCAAAAAGUUUACAGAUUAUGACAUAACAACUACUAUCUCUCACGAUGCAGAUGUUGGCGUAAUAACUCAAUCACCUGCUAGUGCUUAUGAAACUGGAAAUGAUACCUGUAAUAUCGAGAGAUGUCAUCCUUGGGCCCUUUCUGCAAUUAUCAAUCGUAUCACUACGGACUAUAACAUACCAGCAAUAAUGAUCGGCGAAAAUGGUUAUAGGGAUGAAGGUCAAUUAGAUGAUACGAAUAGAGGUCAAUUUUUUUAUUAUCAUCUUAAAGAAGUACUCAAGUUGAUCAAAGAGGGCGUCAACAUUCAAGGAUAUUUCGCUUGGACACUCUUUGAUAUUUUUGAAUGGACACAAGGUUAUACACAUAGAUAUGGAAUUUUUUCGGUAAAUAUUACCGAUCCUCAACGUCCUAGAACACCUAAACUGUGGUCAGCAAAAGUAAUAAGCCAAAUUUACAAAACGAAAUCGAUCCCUAAAUCUUUUUCAUCAUUUGAAAAAAUAUAAGUAAGAAAUAAUAGUAAUUGAAAGGAGUUUUAAAUUCCUGUGCUGCUAAUCGUAGAUAAUUCGUAUCGGUGAAAAGUGGUUCAAAUUUGUAAAGACAUGAAUGUUUGAAAGAAAAUUUUUCCAUUUACCCGGGAAAAAAAAUUCUUAUAUGAUCAUAUAUAAAUCAUAUAAAGGUGACUCAUAUAAAAUCAUAUAAAGUCUUAUCAUGAAAUUGGUCCUAUAUAAACUUAUAUGACUUUAUAGAAUCUUAUAUAAUUAUAUUAAGUUAUAUAUACCCGGAAAAAAAUGAUUUUACUUAAUCAUAUAUACAAUAACUUAUAUAUUACUAGAUCUCAAAAUUGGCAGGAUCUGAUGAUAUAUAAUCAGUUAUACAUAAUCAUGCAUGAAAAAAAAAAAAAAAAAAAAAAAAUCUAUCGGUUAACUGCUAUUUUGCCAAGGGGUCACCCAUCCAACUAAUGUCCUACCUCAAUGCUGUUCAACUUUGAUGAUCGCUUGAUUGCCGUCUGCUUCUCUAGUCUGCUUUACCCUUAUAAGUAUAUAACAAUCCGUAGCAUUACUUAAAUCAAAUGAUCAAAUUGAUUCAUCCUACAUAAAUAAUGCACCAAAUAUGAUCAAAUUUUAUCACAUUUGUGUUUUAUAUCAAAUUACAAGUUUCUUUAAGAUAACCUGCUUAUAAGACCACAGAAAUUUAUACAUAAGAAUCAUAAAACGAUAUAAACUUUUAUAUAAUCAUAUAUGAUUUUAUAUAACCGUAG